GCUGAGCCUUUUGUGUUGGAGAAUUUUGGACCUUAGAUUUUUGUCUGGUUAAGGUUGUUCAAACUUCACGCACCUUCCAAAUCCAACGUACGUUUUCCCCGCAUUUUCCUUGCACACAAAAUCUUUCCUUCUCCUGAACACGUUCCUGCUUAAGAUUCAGUUCCUUCACUCCAUUAAUCUCUGACUAGAUACGACAAUCUCCCACUUUGUAGGACACCCAAUUGCGCUUUCUUGGUUUUCCUUGAGAGGAUGGUGGGAGCUUUAUCUGUUGUGGGUUCGUCUGUGGUUGACUCGCAUACUAGCCCUUGUUUGUGUUUGGAUGCGCUGCCUUCAGCUAAUAUGAACGUCAAGAGUGGUGGAGAUGUGGUUUGUCUUAGAAAUUCAAUGACCAGGAAGCAUUUCCGGAAACCGGUGUCCGUGGAGUUGAGCAGUUCAUUCAUUGAUUCAGGGCGUGAGUUGAGGGUCUCGAGGAAAGCGCUUUCGAGUAUCGCUAAUCGGAGUUCGAGGAAGCACCGGAAGGGUAGGAGAUUGGUGAUCGUCAACGAGUUCGCCGGCCAGUACGAAGAAAAUUUUGAGGAUGUUAAAACGCAAAUCCUCAACUAUUUCACAUACAAGGCUGUGAGGACUGUUCUUAACCAGCUUUAUGAGAUGAAUCCAACGAAUUAUAGGUGGUUUUAUGAUUUUGUUGCAACAAACAAGCCCGGUGAUGGAAAACGUUUCAUCCGUACACUUGUAAAGGAGAAGCAAGAGCUUGCUGAGAGAGUCAUGGUAACCCGGCUUCACCUAUAUGGUAAAUGGAUCAAGAAAUGUAAUCAUGCUGAAAUAUACCAAGAGAUCUCGGAUGAAAACUUGGAGUUGAUGCGUGAACGUCUCAUAGAGACUGUGAUAUGGCCCUCGGACGACACAAGCACAGAGAAGAUUGGCUGAAACUUGCAACUGCAUAUACCUUGGUUUUUCUUAUCUUCCCUCUGUUGUCUCUAGCCUAGAUGUAAUUUCUCUAUUGUCAAGGUCCAAUGAAUCUCGUGUAUAUAAUUUUAUAAGGAACUAAUAAAAUGCCACACUCGGUGGAUUGCAUAUAUGAAAUAUCAGCUCACAACUUAGAGAGCUUGAAGGAAAAUGAACUGGUUUUUCUGUCUAUUGAAUGCAGCUGCAACUUUAAGUUAAUUCAUUUGACUGCAAGUGUAUCCUUGGAAGAUAAUUAUAAUGUUGGUUGAACUUUAACCAA